CUGGGCGCCCCGACCCGCGCCCCGCCACCCGCGGGCAGCCAGGCAGGCCAGGCCGCCCGCGCCGACCGUCGCACCGAGCGGACCCCGGUGGAUCGAUCUCUCAUCCAUUAUCCCGCCCCCCCAACUGGACCGUGAGCUCUGCAAGGACUGAAGACCUGUGUGUCGUGGGCCACAACAGCACCUGCAACAGCUCUUUGCACAUGGUCUGCCGCAGUAUCCCCCAUGGGACUCGGUAUGGUGAGCACUUAGGGGACCCCGAGCAUGCAGGAAGGCAGGUGGCGUGGAACAUGCCUCCACCGCUCAGUGCUUCUGCUGCCGAAGGCCGCACCCACCUGUGCCCAUGGCCUGCGCGGGCCUGUCACUCUCCAGCGCCUUUGACAUUCUAGGUGCUGCAGGCCAGGACAAGCUCUUGCGUCUUAAGCACAAGCUAAAGACCCUGCGCCUGGGCUGCCGGGGGGCAGACCUCCUGCACGCCAUGGUGCUCCUGAAGCUGGGCCGGGAGACGGAGGCCAGGAUCUCCCUGGAAGCGCUGAAGGCGGACGCGGUGGCCCGGCUCGUGGCGCACCAGUGGGCCGGCAUGGAAGGUGCCGAGGCCCCCGAGGAGCCACCAGACUUGUCCUGGGCAGUCGCCCGGGUGUACCACCUGCUUACCGAGGAGAACCUGUGCCCGGCCACGAUGCGGGACCUGGCCUACCAGGCGGCCCUCCGGACCUUCAGCUCCAGGGAUGACCACCGGCUGGCCGAGCUCCAGGGAGAGGCCCGGGACCGGUGUGGGUGGGGCAUCGUCGGGGACCCGGGGAGCUUCCAGCCCCUUCACUCGGAUCUGCAUUGCUUCCCGGCAUCCUCAGUGUCACCCUCAGUCGCCCGCAGCCUUCCAAAGCCCAUAGAGGACCCCUCGGCCUGGAGCCGAGGCCAUUCCCUGAGAUCCACUGGCAGCCCAGCCUCCCUGGCCAGCAACCUGGAAAUCAGCGAGUCGCCCACCAUGCCCUUUCUCAGCCGUCACCGCAGCUGCCCUGAGCCCAGCAAGCUGUGCGACGAGCCCCAGGCCAGCCUGGUGCCCAAGCCUGCCCCCACGGGCUGCCAGGAGCCUGAGGAGGUGAGCUGGCCACCAUCAGAAGAGACUUCCAGCCCCCCACCAGAGGAGACAGCCAGCCCCCCACCGGGGGAGACUUCCAGCCCCCCACCAGAGGAGACGGCCAGCCCCUCACUGGAAGAGACUGCCAGCCCCUCCUCUGGGGAGGUUGCCAGCCCCUCAUCGGGAGAGACUGCCAGCCCUGGGAUGCUACCAAACAGCCCAGUCCCCACGCCGCCUCCUGACGUGGUCCCAGAUGCAAGCCCCAGUGGCCAGCUUGACCCCCCCAAAGCGGGGCAGAUGGGCACCCACUACCCCGUGGAGUGCACUGAAAUGUUGGCAGCCCCCAACUCUCUGUCCUUGCCCUCCGGAAACGCUCGGCCAGUGAAGGACCAGACCCCACUCCCGCUUCCCGUAGAAGACACCGCUUCCCAGUUGCCCAACCCCAGCCCACCUCCUCCCUCAGCCCUGAGGACGUCCCCUCCCUGCCCUUUUCCAUCCACCCCUCCUUCCACUGGCCCGGCCCCCUUGCACCCCUGCCCGCCUUCUCCAAAUUCUCCCGAAUUGGAGUCGGAACAGAAAUUCUAUAACUUUGUGAUCCUGCACGCGGCGGCGGACGAGCACAUCGCCCUGCGGGUCCGGGAGCGGCUGGAGGCCCUGGGCGUCCCCGACGGUGCCACCUUCUGCGAGGACUUCCAGGUGCCCGGGCGGGGCGAGCUGCGCUGCCUGCAGGACGCCAUCAACCACUCGGCCUUCACCAUCCUGCUGCUCACCCCCAACCUCGACUGCCGCCUGGGCCUGCAUCAGGUGAGCCAGUCGCUGAUGAGCAGCCUCACGCGGCACGGGUGGCAAGACUGCGUGGUCCCCUUCCUGCCCCUGGAGAGCUCCCAGGCCCAGCUCAGCCCGGACACGUGCAGCCUGCUCAGCAGCCUGGUGUGGCUGGACGAGCACUCCCGGGUCUUCGCCAGGAGGGUGGCCAACACGUUCAAGGCGCAGCAGCUGCGAGCCCGCAAGGCCCAGUGGAAGAAGGAACAGGACGUCCGGGCCCUGCAGCAGCAGCGCCAGCACCUGGAGGGCGAGCGGCAGCAGGUGGCCUCGCUGAGCGCCGCCUACUCCGCCUACCUCCAGAGCUGCUCGUCGUGGCAGGCGCAGAUGGAGACGCUCCGGGCGGCCUUCGGGAGCCACAUGCCAUUUGGGACUCAGGGGCCCUACGGGGGCCCGGGGCCUCUGGGGGCCCCCCCGCCCCUUCCCUCCUGGUUGGGCCACCAGCCUCCCGCCGCGCCGCCGUGGCUGGCCGGCUCGCCCGCGCCCGCCUUCCCGCCCGCGCCCGCCUUCUCGCCGCCCCCCGCGCCCCCGCAGAGCCCGGGGCUGCAGCCCCUCAUCAUCCACCACGCGCAGAUGGUGCAGCUGGGCCUCAACAACCACAUGUGGAACCAGCGAGGGACCCAGGCGCCCGAGGACGACACGCAAGGAGCAGAGUGACCGAGGACCCGGGGCUUGGGGUCACCCCCCAGCCUCCCCGGGGGGCGGGGGGGAGGGGGAAUCCCAGGGCGGUGACGUCACCCGGAGGACUCGCUGGCGCGCAGGGCGGCCGGGAGCCGAUGCGGCGCUCGCGCGUUCCCAGCUGGGCGGUGGCGGCGGCGAGCGGGCCCGGGGCGUGCGGAGCGUGUUUUAACUGUAAUAAAUAUUUAUUGAGUGUU